CUCUCUAUGUGCUGUCUCUUUCCUGACUGUUUUCUCUCAUUAGCUACUAUGUGUAUUAUGUAUGUAUUUAUCCCCAUCUGUCUGCUGUCUGUCAUUAGUUCUCAUUUGUGUGCUGUCUCUCUCCUACCUGUUUGUGAGUUGUCUCUUAUAAGCCCCUAUCUGUGUGCUGUCUCUUUCCUGUCUGUUGUCUCCCAUUAGCUCCAAUGUGUGUGCUGUCUGUUUUUAGCCCCAUCUGCGUGCUGUCUCUCUACUGCCUUUCUCUGUGUGUUGUCUCUCAUUAGCGCCUGUGUGCUGUCUCUCUCCAGCCUGCCUGCCUGUCUGUCUGUAUGUUGUCUCUCAUUAGUCCCUAUCUGUUUGCUGUCUCUCUACAGCGUGCCUGCCUGUCUGCGUGCUGUCUCACUAGCAGUCAGUCCCUCCUCCUGCCCAUUUCCAUAACCCAGGCAGGGCUGGCCCAGUGCUGUGAGAAGGAGGAGAGCUCAGGUCUGGCUUUAUUUCUCUCUCUCCUGCCGAGCAGCCGGAUCAAGGAUUCUUUUGGAUUAAACCAGAACAAGAGGACGCAUUGGGCUUCAUCUCUAAGGGAACCUACACCUCCGGAUAUACAUUUCUCAACAUUCUAUUUUGUAUUAAUUGAUAUUAAGAUCGUUCUAUUUUUUUCUGCAACGACUUGCAGACCCACAGCUUCAUUUUACAUACAGUAUUUUUCUUUAUUUUUUAUUUUUUCCCUUUGGAUUUGCAGUGGGAACAAUCGUUUGUAUUUUUUUUCAUACUAAGGAUCCAUUUACAAGCAGCACCCCCUUUUCCUCCUUGUUACAUUGUAUCCUUGUCCCCUUACUCAGAUCCCCUCUGGUGCUUUAAGUACCCCUGUUCUCCCCCAUCCCAUGAUCCAGCUGUGACAGGGCAGCCCUUGGCAUGUGCUGGGGCACUUGUGGGGGACCAUUGCCUGGGCAUUUAUGGUGUACCCCUGCCUGACCCCCCAGGAUCGCAGCCCCCCCGGAGCCGGAUAUUUCGGUGCAUUUUGGAGGAUCUCCUAGUCCUGAGACUGGCGUAUGUUCCAGAUCGCUUUGGCUUGUCGGAUCCCCGGUCUCCUCCGACCCUCCCGGGCUGCUGCUGCCGCUGGUCCCUGCCCGGCCUCGGAUCCAGGAUCCUUCAUGACUUGCGGGCGUCAUGCACGUUUCUUAGCCGGGAAGCCUUGCUCUCGUCCCGCAUGUUCAGGACCAAACGAUCGCUGCUCGUCCGGAGACUCUGGAGGAGCCGAGCUCCCGGGGAGUUGGGGGAAGGGGAAGCGGAGGGCAGGGUGCAUGGAGCCGGCGGCUGCUGCCCGGGCAGGUCGGCCAAGGUGUCCCGGGCGCCGCUGGGGUCGGAGGCCGAACUGAAGGCGCUCACCCACUCCGUGCUCAAGCGGCUGAAGGAGCGCCAGCUGGAGGGGCUGCUGCAGGCGGUGGAGUCCAAGGGGGGAGCCCGCAGCCCCUGCCUCCUGCUGCCCUCCACCAAGCUGGACCCCCGGUUGGCCCAGCAGCCCUUCCCCCUGCCCCUGCUGCUCUGCAAGGUGUUCCGCUGGCCGGACCUCAGGCACUGCUCCCAGGCCAAGAGGCUGAGCUGCUGCGAGUCCUAUGGGAAGAACAACCCGGAGCUGGUCUGCUGCAACCCGCACCACCUGAGCAGACUCUGCGAGCUCGGUAAGAGGGGACCUGGGGGAGAGGGGAUCACGGGUGGGUGGGUAAAUGUAAUCAUGGGGGAGUUAGAAAAAGGGGACCUGGGUAAAUGGGAAUCGGGGGGGAUCCUGGAGGAGGGGAGCUAGAAGUGGGGUGCACUGUAGGUUUGGGAGAACCUGGAAGGAAGGUAUGGCAGGAUCUGAUGGUUCAGUGUGCGAGCUUGCUAUGACAGGGGUAUAAGAUGCUUCUCAGUGUGACAUUAAGGUAUGGGGGACUGGGGGCUUCUCAGUAUAUCAGUCAGGCACAGGGUCUUGAUGCUGUGUGAGCUAGGUCCAAGGGUAAUCUAAGAAUCCCUGUGUAAGCAAGGUAUUUUGGGGUCUGAGCAAUCCUGAUUGAGACUGUGUGAAUAGGUACAGAUGGAUCUAAUCUGGGGGUACCCAAAAUGUCCCCAUAUUCUGAACACAUUGACCCCUUGUGUAAUGCAUUAACUAUAUUUAUUAUCUCCUGCCUGUUGUCCAUAUUGUGCCAUGUCUAGUGCCCACCUAGUGCCCCUGGCUGUCUAGUGUACACACUGCCUCUGAUUUCCUUGAAGCCUUAAAAGGUGACACGAGGUCUGAAUUACUAGAUAGUGUAUCUAUAAUCUGAGGGCUGGCUGCAUUGCUUUUCUCACAUUGGUACCCAGAAUGGCAUAUUGUGCUGGGAACACUGAUCUUUGAAUGCCCAGUUACUACUUAAUCUGUUUGGCAGAAUCCCUGAUCCAUAUUGGAAGGUUUUGCUGCCUGUAUGUAGAAUAUGUAUUUUAAGAUUAAUCAUGUAAAUAGCUCUGUAUUGGGAUUUUUGAUGGUGUUAAUACUGUCAUUGAAGGAAACAUGACUUGAAUGGUAAGGGACCCAUGAAUUCAAUGUUUAGAGAAUUGUUGUGAUUCUAGAUCCACUGUAUUAUGGCAGAGCAAGAUAGAUAACCCAUCACACUGAUUAACCCAAUGACUGCUACAUUGCAGAGUAUAAAGUCUGUAAAUGGCCAUUUACUAUAUAUUUACUGUUGCAUAUGCAAGCCAUUUCUCUUUACCCUGUACAUCUUUUCAUCUGGCGAGUUUACUGUUGAUAAAUCUGACACUUUUCUAUUAAAGUGACAGAUGUCUCGCCUGUCUGUGUGGAUCAAGACAUGCACUGCAGGGGUUAAUGACAGACCCUAAUUCUUUAGCAUGCAGCAUGCACUGUGUGUUAUGGGGGGAGGGGGUGAUUAAAUGUCAAUCACAUUUCCCAAUUUCAAGCUGUCAUUUACAAAUGAUGGCUUUGUGAUGUAUGAAAAUUAGUCCUGAUGCAAAAAUUCAUGGAACACACGUUAAUAAUUUGUUUCAGUUACUAAUGUGUUAAAUUGUGCAAAAUGGGUUAUACUACUGUAUACAUUAACCCUAAUUGGGGGAAAAUACAAUCCACAAGGGUUGGGGAAAGAGAUCUUUUAAUGGGUGCAUAUAAUAGGUUGCUCUCCUUGUAGAUACUUAGUGAUGGGACCCAGAGAAAGGGGGACUUUAUCCCCCUGGAAUGCUUCCACAGUGUUUAAAUGUCAAUCGGUUUCUUUCCCUUUCCCCUUUCUGUGCAAUGUUAAAUGUGUUUGCAGCUAGAGAGGAUUAUCAAGCAGUCUGGAUCAGUUAGUGAAUUGCAGAGUUGCACUGGGGAGACCUUGCUCAGACAGCCAGAGAGGCAGAUAGCAGUCUACUGGCGCCAGGCGGCCCCUUUUGUUUAUCAGACUGCUAAAAUCAAGGCACACACCGCCUGCUGGCCUGCCUACAACCCCCAUAGCUUACACAAACAGUUUGGCUAAACGAAUACCAGUGUUAUCAUAAGUUUCUAUCUCUCUCUCUCUUUUUUUUUUUUUUUCUCUUCCUUUUUUUUUUUUUCUUCUCAUGGCUGUUACUUUAUUUUUUUCUUUCCCUUUUUUCAUUUCAGAAUCACCCCCACCUCCUUAUACAAGAUAUCCAAUGGAGUUUCUCAAAGCAACUGGUGAGUCUUUUUUUUAAUUCAUUUUUAUAUAUAUUUUUUGUUUCCACUUAAAUGUCUGAUUUCUGAUUUUGGUGACUUGCUAUUUGCGAUGCUUACCUUUUUUUAAAAUCUUCGUGCAUAUAGUUUAUUUUGAAUCUUUAAAUGUGAUUUAAUUAGAUUUUUUUUUUUGGUAAAAAAGUUUAUUUAAUGAAAAUUAAAGUUUAUGUAUUUUCUUUUUUUUUAAAUCCGGUUUAGUGCUACAUUACAAUAACAUUUAUUUUUUAUGGCUGUAUUUUUAACAAAAUGUAACUUAAAAAAAUAUAUAUAUUUUACUUUAUGGUUUUUGUAAGUUUUACCUUAGUAUGCAACUUUUCUGAUUUUUUUUUAUUUAUUUAUUUUUUAUAUAUUGGUUAUCUUUUUACUGCAAGCUGUUGAGACGAAAAUAAAUCAAAUAGGACUUUCUUUUAAAUAAUGUUGGGCAUUUUCCAGUGAUUAGGCGAUAUUGGUUACUGAAAUUCAGUUCUAAUGCCAAUUUAUAUUCUUAGAAAAUCCGCAAACCCCAUGGUUUCUCUCUAAUAACUCUGACGGAUUAUUUUAAUUUCAAAUAUUUCUUGAAAUAAUCUUAUUACAUUUUACGUGUGUAUUCAAAUCCUUCUGCAGCCGCAAAGUCUGGCAGCUCAUUCCAAAGCGGGGACGCAACAUGGCGCUAGAGUGGUUAACAGGUCCUGACGUGCCUGUUACCUCUAAUGAAUGGGCUGCCAGCCAGGGCAAAAGCCCAUUUUAAGCUGGCACCAGCACUGUUGAGUCGCCUGUGUAAAUCUCUCGCUGGCACCUAACUCACCUUGUACUGGAUAAAUAAGACUGGUAUUGUGGGCAGAGGGAUAAGUCUUCUAAUAUAUCGGAUGUGUGCCUAAUGUCAGGGAGUGUCUGUUUGAGUCACCUCAUAUCUCUGUCUAAAGAUGGAUUGUUCCCAAGUAUUGAUUGGAGACCAAAUGUUUUAUUUGUGAUUAUGUCCUAAUGUCACGCAAGCAGUAAACCAGGCUCAUGCAUCAUUUCUGGCUACAAUAAAAAAAAAAAAAAAGUGAUUUACAACUUUUUAACCAUGAUAACAAUGUCAUUGCAUUUCCUUCCUGAACAGAAUAUUGCUUUAAAAUCUCAUUGAUUUUCAGGGAGUUCCUCACUUUAUCGUACCACUGACCUAUCAGCACACAAAUCUUCUGCUUGACAUAUAUACACAUGCCUAAAGUAGUUGACAUCUGUUGGUAUAUGUUACUUAAAAUCAAUGAUGUGUUUCUUUAGUGCAUACCGCAACUGUGCCAAGGAACAAACACUUUUAUUUUAUUUUUGAACACCCCAGCAUUAAGAAUUAGUGGCUGUCUAUUGUAUUUUUUUUUUAUUUAUUUUUUUUAUUGAGUUUCCUGGUUGAUUGCACCGUUUUACGUUGCAAAAGUUUGCAUCACUAUUUUACUUUCUUGAACAGAUUCUGUACAAAGCAGGAUGGUGUGUGCAGGGCGCUGAUGUGUUGCAUAUAUGUAUGUGCAAAAAAAAAAAACCUCCAUGUCUGAGUGUGUCAGUAUGAAAGCAAAAGUUUCUUACACCAGAUGAUAGGAAGUGAUUAAAGCUGCAAAUCGGAAACUAGCAAAUACAAAAUUUACACAAAUAAAAAGUCUUGGGUUUAUUGCUAAAGGGAACAAUAAUGCAGCUGGCUGUCUCAUUGUAUAGUGACAGAUGUCUGGGUGAUUUUGUCAUUAAAUCGUGAUUUUUAACUUUUUGAGCUUUAAUAUUUGGAAUUGUUGUGUUCCUUUUGUGGCUGAAUCAGCAGGCUGUGUCUAAAAGAUUUUAGAUUCUCAAAAAUGUACAUUUUAAAUAUUGGAUGCUUUAAAAAAAAAAAAAAAAAAAAGUAUUAUCUGUUGGGUGCCAAGGACACAUUGUUCUGCAAUGCUUGCUUUGACCAGCAAAUACAGCUCUUAAAUUGGCCAACCUGAGCCUGUGGACAGUCUGUCUGCUAGUCAGUAGUCUGAGUAUCCCUGGUGUUUAUUAUACUUUGCUCUUGUAUUCUGAUGGCUUAUCUUGCAUUUUUAAUCAGCCCUGUGUAGUCUUCUGUCUGUGCUGGUUACAAGGAAACACAGCUGUCUCUAUCAGUUCACUGUAAACUGUGAGACCAGUUUUCUUGGAAAGAAACACUGUAUUUAUAAUGAUGCAUGUUGGGGUGAUGCUUUUAGACAUUAAUUCUUUUUUUGUAUUGACCAAUCAAAUUCUAUAUAUUUCAUACUCUUAGUGGAGUGAUCCACAUAUUGCAUGCACAGCCAAGUAUCGAAGAAGUUAAUAGUAUUAGAGCUUGUGUUUUUUUUUUUUUUUUUAGUUUUUUUUUCUCUCUCAAAAUUCAUUUUGUGUUGUAUUGGGAAGCAGAUUUGUUUAUUUUCUGUGCAAAGAAAUAUAAUUAACCUAAAAAAAGGCUCUAGGGUUUGUUGCAGAGAUUUUAUUUGGGCACACGUUUCAGUGUGUUCAAUCUGUUUAUCUCUUGUUACUAAGUGAGAACCUAAGGAACGCUCUGCAAUAAUAUCCAGUUUGUCAAGGAAAAAGGAACAUGCUUUGCCCUAAUUUCUUUUAACUCUUUGAGAUGCCAGCAAAAGGGGUUAAUGUAUAUUUAAAAACGUUUUUUUUUUUUUUUUUUAAAGUGUAAUUUUUUUAUUUUUCAGCAGGGGAGGUAUAUAUUUAAAAAAAAUAUUUUUAAGUCCCAUUGAACUGAUAUGAGCUAAACUCCCAAAUUCAGGGGCAUAUAUUUAUCUUAAAAUUUAAAGGUGCACUAGUCACCAAAACAACUUUAGCUGAAUGAAGCAGUUUUGGUGUUUUUAUAUCAUGCCCCGGUAGUCUCACUGCUCAAUUCUCUGCCGUUUAGGAGUUUAAUAACUUUGUUUAUGAAGCCUUGGGCACACCACCCGGCAUGUAAACGGCACAGCCUUUCUAAACCCUUCCUGUAAAGAGUCCUCUAAUGUGUGCUUCCUUUAUUGCACAUUCAGUUUCAUUUAAAAUGUCUUAUCUCCUGCUCUAAUGGCCUUCUAGACAUUGCAGGAGCCUCCUGUGUGUGAAUAAAGUAAAAUCUACAGUGCUGGUGAUUUAAUUUUUUUUUUCUAAAGUAAGUUAACAUCUAUUUGAAAAUGAAACACAUUUUUUCAUGCAGGCUGUGAGAUAGGUGUGGCUAGACUGCAUGGACAGAAACAAAUGUGGUUUAACUCAUAAAUGGCAGAUAAUAGAGCAGUGAGUAUUCAGAGGCAACAACUAUACACUAAAAAGCUUCAUUAAGCUUAACUUGUUUGGUGACUACAGUGUCCCUUUGAGUUAGAAACCACAAUAUGACACAGCGCCCCCUUUUGGUUGACAUGAUAAAGAAGCCCGCAUUGGUUACCAGCUGAUGAAAGACUGUGCAGCAAAUACUGUUAGUCUAUAACGCAUCAUUGUCAGCUGGGUUUGGUGUUCCUUGUGAUUGUCUAGGAUUAGACCUACCCACAUUUCUGGACAUACCUGUCUGCGUCUUAGUGAUUUAUCCUUACUUGUUCCUCCCUGGCCCCAAUUGCACCCAGUUAUGGUUUCCCCUCUCUCAAAUGGCAUGUAAAUUAAAACAUUGGUAUUUAGAAAAGAGAUAAGCUGCCAUGCUAUAAUUUGUACUGGGCACAAGGACAAAGAAUGUGUUUUUUAGUUUUUAGUUUUCUAUAGCUGACACAAUGCCAAGUUCCUGAAAUCGUAUAACCUGGGGCAUCGCUACACGUGGGAGUUCAGUUUUUAGUGUCUCCCUUCAGGUCAGCUAAUGCUGCAAGGGGUAGAAGUGUGAGGCUGAAUGCGUUGCAUGAUUUGCUGGCACUAAAACAAUCAUCCCAUUUAGUAAAUGGUCUAGCAUUCUACACUUCUCACAGCUUACCUAACUAGCUAAGAAGGAGCAGAGCCGCUUCCUUGGGACAUUAAAAACACUUCUUGAAGACAUUUAGCAAGUGUACUCUACGGUAUUUCACAAGUAACUCUGCUUCCUGUCUCCCCCAUUGUUUCAACUUCGAUUAAGUGUAUCCUGUUAAACUGUAAAUUCCUGUUUCGGGUUAGUCUUUGCCCCAAUUAACGGAUGAUUGCCUGUACAUUAACCCUUGCAAUGUCGCAACAAUAAGCUUCACCUACUUUGUGGUGCUCAAACAUGGAUUUAUUGUCUUGUUGUGCUUUUUUGUUUUGUUUUUUUGUAUAUUAUUUUUAGAUCUGCUUUGGCAUAUCUUGUUUCUUUUCGGUGAUCAUCUUGGGGAAAGUUUUGAUUGAAAUAGCAAACUCUAUGCUAAUUAAUACAGCAUUCAGUAGAGCUUUGACUAUAACGUUAUAACAUUUGUAAUGUUCCCAAUUUUCCCUCUAAGGAAACAUGCAAACUUCCUGAGGGGACGAGUGUAGGGUGGGGAAAAAUGAGCGAAAACACCUAAAACUGCGCACUUAAGUAAUUAAUUACAUAUGCAUAUUGCUAACCCUUUUGCAGGGCCUUUAGUUUAAAAACUCUUUGGAAAAACAGCAGAAUUUAUAUGUAAAGAUGUGUAACGUGUGUAGGUAUUGUUCUAAUGUCAAAACACAACGUAUUGGUGAACAAGGCUGUUAUUCAUCCAUAUUUCUGAGUAUUUAGAUCUGCUUGCUAAACAUGUCAGGAUUGUGUGAGGGGUAGAGUAUAAAGUCUGCCAUCUCUAUUCCACAAGAAACGUUCUGUCUUUGGCCAUAUUGUUGAGGAUUCUGAAUAGGAAGAGUCAUUCAGGCCCUUUCACCUCUAGAGCGUUAAUUACAUGCUCGCCCAAUCUUGUGUCCAAGUCCAUUUUUGUUUCCAUAAUAAUUUUACCACCAGUUUUAGGCACCUAUAGCAGCUCAUUGAUGAAGUGAGCUGUAUGUAUUUUUGGUGUUUUCUGGGGUUCAGAACAAGGGCCUCACAUCAUGGCUUACUUUGUUGAUACAAGCUGUGUGAGUGCAAGUGGGCAUUAUGUUUUUCAUGCUCAUGGGAAUGAGUUGAAUUUAAAACUAUUUCCGUUCGCAGCUAUUGGGACUGUGAGUAUCACAAGGCUGACUGAAAUUAUCCCACUUACAUCUCUCACAGCUAGAUGGCUGUUAAGUCUUGUGAUUUAUUUUGUUUAUUUAAUAUGGGUAAUACUUGAUAGGGUUUUUUUUUUAGGUUCCCAGCAUGCUUCUACUAAUGGAACCCCUAAUCCCUGAAAGUAGCCUUCAGAAAGCUUUGCAGUGUGCUACCUACAAUGUGGUGCUUUAUGACAUGUAUGGUUGUGUUUCCCAUAUAUUAUACAAGCUGCAUAUCACCAAUUGUAGUGAUAGAUCUUCUCUUGGCUCUAUUGCAAUGUGUGUACUUAUAAAUUUAUUGUAAUUCUGUAUCAAAAUCUCAUAGAAUCCUGCAUUUAUGUUUUUUUUUCUUGUUUUUUUUUUUCAGCAGACCCGCCAGACUCUGCACCUUCCUCCACUGAAACAGGGGAAACAAAUUACUUGGCCCCUGGGGGGCUAUCAGGUGAGCUUCUCAGCUGAUCAUAAUUUAUACCAGGGGUGUCCAGUCUUGGCCCUUAUGCUGUUGGUGGACUGCAAUUCUAAAAUUUCUGUUAGUGUUGGGACUGGUUGUCUGAAAACGGCUUGACUCAUCCAAGAUUAAACAACCGUGAACAUUAAUUAUAUCCCUAUACUUUUCAUAUCUAAUUCCAAAUAGUUGCACUGGGUGUUUUGGGCGAUUUUUGUAUACAUACAUAUUGGUGCAUAUUACAAUAUAUUUUGUCUGAGCCAUGCUUCUAUAAGACUAAAAUGGUUAUAUGUUUGGUGCAAACUUUUGGUUUAUCCUUUUUAAUUUCAUUGUGUGCAGGCAGGGGGUGGUCUUCUCCGACUCAAUAAAUGGAAUUUUGCAGCUGCCGUAACCCAAAGGCUAGCACUUUAUUUUACUAGACAACAUACCACGGAGUAGAAAUGGAGGUUGUUAAAACUGGAUUGGGUGACUUAAUUAGGCUGUUAUGAGUAUGCAGGCCCUCAUCAAUAGGGGGGGGGGGAAGGAGAAUCAAAAGCAGAAAUAGCCAGUAAAUUCUUAAGUCUUCAUUAAGAAUUUUGCCAAGAGGCCUCAGCAGUCUGUGUAUUUAAGUUCCAGAUGUCAUUGUUAGCAAGGAACUGAGGGAUAAAAAAAAGUGUAUUAUUAUUAUUAUUAUUUUUUUUUAUAUAUAUAUAUUUUUUUUUUUUAAAAUACAUUCAUAAUGGGGAACCAUGUUUUGUCUCUGUGUGACUAUAUUAGUGUCUGCCUCCUGUAUGGGCUACAUCUGUCUUAAGUUGUCAGAUUGAUCUGAGGGUGAUGGAAGUUGAAUCUUCAGCAGACUAAAGUCGUCUUUACCUAGUGUCCCCUGGACUCGCUUCACCAUUAUGUCUAUUGCUCCUAUUUUGCUUAAUAGACCAUUGAAUGCUUUCACAGAUUUUGGAAAUGAAUAUACUGGGUAUUUUACCUUGAUUAACCCAUUGUGCAGGGUUUAUUUUUGUAUUUACACUGUGCGCCUGUGGUGUUACUUGCUUUGGGGGUUGGGGUUUGGAGUUAAUGGAAUGUCCUGUUUAAUGCCACAUAAACGUCCACAUUCCAUUUGCCAGUUCAUUCAGGAUAAGGACUUCAAGGCAGAACUGGGACAUUUUCUGAGUGUUUAUCCCACAUGGAAUAACUUCAGGGCAACCCUGGCUUUUGAAAGGUGGGAGUAGAAAGUUUUUGUUAUUGAUAACAUCUCAAAUGUCUAGCCUGCUGCUGGGGAAGCAAAGAAAGGAGAGGAUUGUGCUGUAGGAAUUAACACAGACUAAAGUGAAAUACCUUAUUAAUAUUUUUUACAUUUUCCGCAUGGCAGAGGGAGCGUGCUGCUUUGGAAGUUUGUCAUUGCUCACAGUUAAGGGGAGAUCACUUGUGUAAUUUAAUCUGAAGGCCAGAACUCGUGAAGUCAAGGUUUUUCUUGUUUCAAAACACUCCUCCCCCACCCCACCCCACCUUUUUUCCUUUUCUUUCUUUCUUUCUUUUUUUUUUUCUGUCUUAAGUGUUUGUGGGGAGACUGUGGAGCCAACAAAGGCUUUAAGGAGGAAUUUCGAGUUAUGGAAGGAUUUUAUGGGUGUAGCUGUAGAAACUUGUAUAAAGUUCCGUAGAGGAGCGCAUAUAACUAAAUGGUCAUGAUUUGGAUGCUGAAAUGGUGACUAAACCUAUUUUAUAAGCACAAUAAAUGCUGCUGUGGAUCACAAUUCCCAUCAUAACUUGCCUGGGCUUAUUUUCCUCCAUAUUUAUAAAAGACCCUGUUAAUGUUGUCUUGGACAAAUUGUAAGAAACAUUUGCAUUUAAGUAAAUUUUACGUUUGGGUUAGGACUAUAAUCAUCUGGUAUUGUAGUGUUUUUAUCCGUGUACUAAAAAUGCAUAGGAAUUCCCAGGUUCCGCUAUCCACAGUUAGGUGCAAGUAUUUAAUUUAUGAAGCACCAACAUAUUGUGGAGCAAUGUACAAUUAAGAAGCACAACAUGGACGCCAUAUUUGAGUUGCAUGCACAGAGCAUCAGUCAGAAGCCAUUUUUUUUUUCCCGUAGUCUACACUGUGUUAACAACCCUUGAGUCCCUGCUAAUCUCUUGUAGUUGACAUUUCCUGCUUGACUAUAGGUAGUUUGUGCACCUGCAAGCUAGUAUUGCCUUGAGAAAUGCUUUUAAAUUUACCAUUUUUACAUUGGUAUCUUUGUGACUGGCUGUUAUUUAUUGCUUGUUCCUAAAUUCUAGAAGUCUCAUGUACAGUUUUUGUUUCACAACACUGGUACUUUUCCCAAAAUGCCCCAUUCUGUCCAUUCUUACUUUUUAGAAUUAAGAGGUUUGUGUGUAUCUGCGAGGGCUUAUUUAUUGACAAGCUGAUAAGUGUUGAUUCAUGAACGAAUAUUGUUAACUAUGCAAGUCAUGAAACUGCGCCAAGUCCCCUCCACAUGAAAGGGCAUUUGUUUUACAUUAAGUCUGAUUUACUAGUGGCCUUAUUCAGAAUGGCUGCAUAUUUCUUUUAAUGUUCAACCCCAAGAGGCAAAAGUACGAGGCUGUAGGAGACCCACACAAAAAAAAAAUGGGUUGGGGGUUGGAUGUUAGUGAUCAUUUGCAAUACUUGUGACUCUUCCUUUUUGUUUUAUGUAUCUUAGUUGUUUUGUGGGUUCUUUUAAUUGUUGUGUGAAUUUGUCACUGCUGAUUUUAAACGUUUUUGAAUAUUAACAUUUUGAUGCGAUCUUUACAUUGACAAUGAAGGCUCAUAUAUGACCCUUAAAAAGCAGAUUCUUUUAAAAGUCUCUAAAUUGGUUGUAAAAAAAAAAAAAAAGGUCUUUCAUGUUAUUAAGGAGAAAUCUUUUUUUCAAUGCUUCUUAUCCAUACGCAGAAAAAAGAAUUGGUUUUGUAUGUAAUGUUGGCAUUCCCAGAAUCCUUUGCAAGACCAGUCUUUUUAGAGUGACCAUAGCUACUCAAACUCUUACAUUCCAAAAUAAUAAUAAUUUUUUUUUUUUUUUUUUUUUAAUCUUUUGUAUUUUGAAUCAUACUUCAAUCCACACACUUUACCAGACAAGGCUGCUGUCUCUGUUAACAAUGUGAUGCUUAUUCAUGUAAGACAGUAGACACCUAGAAACCAACCCCACAGAUAGUGACAACUUUUAUUGUUUUCAGUGAAAAAAGUAAAUUCAUCUUUAGUGUACUUUAUUUUAAGGAUCACUAAUAAGUGAAGCAUUAUGAGAUGGGGUGGAGGAAAGACUAUGCCAUCCCUUUUUAUUAACCAUUUCCCCACCUGAAGCACGUGUGUGUGUGUGUGUGUGUGUGUGUAUAUAUUAUAUUUUUUGUGUGUGUUUGAGGUCCUAAGUAUAUAGACUUAGCAGGGAAGGAAGUAGUGGAGUGUGUCUCUGUCACCCAAUUACACCUAUUUAUAUAACACUAACAUAUUCCGCAGCGCUGUACAAUAGGUGAACAAGACAUGUUUGACAUACGAGAACAGUAGGCAAAGAUUGCCCUGCCCAAAGGAGCUCACAAUCUAAAGACAAUGGUUUCAGUAAUACUGUUUUGCAAGAAACCUGAUGGAGAAGUGUGAGUUUCUUCUUAAAUUAUAGUAGCGCAUUGCAGUGGAGUUGAAACGGUGAACAAAAAUUGCUUAAAUAAAGUAGGUGUGUGUUUUAUAUAUAGACUUAUAAUAUCAGGGAAAAAGUAGACAAAUGAGAACCCAGGCUCUAUCCCUUCCCUCUAGUUCCUGGCUGGGCCUCGCAGCAGUGAGCUGCUGGCUUAAUGAAUGGGGCACAGUUCAGGGGGUGGAAGGAGGGUCGGGACGGGAGGCUGGAGCCAGAGACUUGAUUCCUUUGGCAAAGGAAGAAAAAAAUGUGAAUGCUAAGUUCUAAUCCCUGGAGGGCCCCUCACAAAAGAACUGGUUCCUCCUGGAAAGCGCAAAGGUGACCUUUAAUUCACUUGAGCUGCCCUUUAAUGUUGUCUAUGGAACUAACCCCCCUUGCUUUUUCUUCUCCUAAAAGAAGCUCAAUUUGGUACAGAGAGAACUUGCUGGGUAGCUACUUAACCCCCAGUGUGCUGGCAUAAGGCAAUUGUCUAACAUCCCCGUGGCACAUUCACAGUUAAAAAUGCCUGCUUUUUCUCUUUUAACCUUUUUGUAGGACCAAGGCAGGAGCAAUAGUUAGUUAUACGACUUUAUUUAAGGAGUGCCACAUGGACCACAAGCUGGUUAAGGUGGGAGAUGUCCAACUAUAACUGCGGCAAAAAUUAACAUGGGUUCCGUGUCUUGUGUGGAGUGAUUAAAAGGUUUGAUUCUUCUAGGCAUUCUGCGUUUGGAGAAACUCAGGCUAGUUAUGUCUUCCUUUGCUGGCACUCAAUAGGUUAAACUGGCUUGUAUUUUUUUUAAGUUGAAUUACUGACUUGAGAAAGGAAGGGUGUGUUCCAUGGUACUAGAUUCAUUCUCAUGCUCUUAAAAUUCUAUCCCACUCCCUUUACGUACGUAAGUGAGCUUAGUCAAAAAGUCCCAACCAGUUCUUAAUGUAGGACCCACCAAAAUGAGGUGAUUGGCCUACUGCUAGCUUCAUCCAAUAUUUUUUCUUUCUUUUUUUUUUUUUUUUUUUUUUUAUUCCCAGCUGUCUACAAUUGAAAUUGUACUAUAUAUAUAUUCACCAAUCUGCAAUAUAGUAGCUGGCAAGGCAAGGUUUGAUCUCAGGUGGUGACUUUCAACCCAAAGAGAGCUGAAACAUUACUCAGGCUCUACCUAAAUGAGAGAAGAUCAAAAAGGAUGAUCUCUUGUGGGCUAACCAGUAGCUAUUUUUGAAUUUAGCUCCCAUUAUGCCUUAUUUGAGUACUUGUUCAACAGCUGGAAGCCUACUUUAAUUCAUCUUCUCUUUAUCAAACAUGGAGGGCUCCAAGCGACAAUGAAAUUUGUUUUCGAUGAAGAACCGUUACAUAAACUUUCCUAAUUAAAAUAACAAAGUGAGAGAAACCCAAAAAGGAAUGGAAGUUUUUCUUUGCAUUUAUUCUCUUUCUGAUGACCGGGAGUAUGCGGAGAGCUAUGGUGUGGGCAAAGCAAAAUGUACCGUGUCCCCUGACAAGCGAGGUUAUUGGGGGUUAAUGGCAGGAUGACAGAAUAAAGGCUUUGGAUGAGACUAGGCUGUCUGCCAGGCUGGGUGUAUUGCUGAAAAGAACACAUCAUCUGACCGUUGCUGUAAGAGGCCAGGCCAGCGAAGAGGAGGGAACAUGAGACUUGGCAAGAAUUGUGUGUAGCUUUUGGCCUAGGAUACUCCUUCUUGUACCUGCCCCUUUCCUGGCACAGACAUUUUUCAAGCAGCUAGGGUGGGCUUUUGAAGACUAAGGGGGUUAUUUAUCAGACACAAGCAGGAUUAACUUUUCAUUUAUGUUCUUAGAUGAAUAUGAUACUGCUUUCUUUACUCUCCUAGUUUGCUUUUAUUUUUACUGUCCUUGUACUCCUCCCUAUUCAUCCUAGAAACGUUAUUUUGUAUAUAUCCCUUUAAAUGGACACAAUAUUGCCCGCUUUUGAUUCCUUUAUAUACCGGCUUACAGCCUUUAAGUAAUGUAAGGUAGGUUUUGGAUUGGUGUAGUUGUCUGCUAGUUCCCCAGCACUAAAAUGUUACACAUUAUUUGUGUUUAGAACUCUUAUCUCUUUUCAGAGAAAUCUUUCAGAUCUGUUAGUACCUAUGUCUGUAUUGUAGUGAUACAGCCCUCAGCUAUUUGUGGAUCUCCGACAAAAAAAACCAAGUUAUAAUGUUGCAUCUUUAUUAAAAAAACAAAACAAACAAAAACUUUUUUAAAACAGAAAACAAAUGCCUAUUUUUCUUUUCUUUUCUUGCACUAUUUUCUGCCACGCUACGUUUUCAACGUAGUAAAGAGCCAGUUUCUGUUAGCGCCUCAAUCCGUUUUAGAUGUAUUUGUUUGGCACCUGGUGGAUCUAAUGUUCCCAAGGUCCAUAAUAUCACAUGACCUCCUGCGUUGUCGUCUACGUGACUGCACAGUUUGUAAGGUGAACAUCAAAUUCCUGCUUGGUGCCGUCUCCCAGUGACCCGGGAAUGAGCCGUCUAGGAGAACACUGUAAUAGGCCAUAGAGAGGUCACUGCCAACACUGGGAUUAAAUAACCCACGCAGCAGUCUGGCUGACUGCACCAGUGUCAUAGAACAGCUUCCUUUUCAAUUUUAUUUUCAGCUGCGAAGAUAUGGGCUCCUGAACCACUGCCUCAAUUUAGUUGUGAUACACGAAUAUAAAUAAAGUGCACGUUGACAAUCUUUCACUGGAUGCCAUUUGCUUUAAAAAGACCACAGUUUAACCCUUUGUUGUACCGGGUUAAUAACGCACUUAUCAAAGCAGAGCAGGUUUUGCAAGAGAAUAUAUGUUGAAAAUUUUUUAUGUAACUAAUGAUAAUUGGGCCUCCUUUAAUGUGGGAUGUGUAGAUUGUUCCAAAUUCUCAUUAACCAGUGCGAAAAUAAACAUCCCAAGACAAGCAGUCUCUCUGCAGAGGGGAGGAUAAUGCUGCAAGACAAUUUAAUGUCACUUGUGAAUAAAAUAUUUGAAAGCAUGAGUUGUAGGAUAAUUGCUGUGCCAACAAACUGGAAACGUUUUUUUAUCUGCAGAGAGAAAGUUGGUUGCUUGUAUGAAAUUACCCAUAAUAGCAUGUGCAGUCUGCAGUGUAAUGUAAUCACUGAUUCUGUGAAUGAGUCCAUCACUGUAUAGCAGCAAUGGCCAACCUUUGGCAUUCUGACAAUUGAAGACAAAGGUUUCCCUGAUAGUUUGCUCAAAUUCUCAAAGGAAAUAUUUAUUUUUGCACACUUUGUUUGGUGACACUCUUUCACCUUGUUCGUUAACAGAACAACAGACCAGAGCAGAAUUAGCAUCAGUGCAUUGUUAAAAAAAAAAAAAAAAAAAAGUGCCAGAAAAAAAUGCUCUUAAGAAAGAAUAUAAAAAGCUUUUAUUCACUUGGUGAAAGAGUAAAAAAAAAAAAAAUUCCCAGUUCGGGAGUACUUUAUUUUAUUUGUAUUAUUUAAAAAAAUAUUUUAAUAGUGUGGGUCACCUCUAGUUUAAAGCUGCUGAAUGCCUUAUUUUUUUUUUCCUUUGACUCUCAAUUUACUAAUGGAUCUUUCAUGACUUUUUCAGCUUCCUUCCCCAAACGUUGAGGCCAAGGAAGUUAUUGGCUAGGAGCUCAUUUUGGUUUGGCUGCUUUACACUCACACGGGUUCCCCACCCAGAGUUAUUAUCCUGGGUUUUAGCUUCUAAAAGUUAGACUUUUAAGAGUUUGCUCAGCCCUUAGCCUUUCACCUCCCUUUUACCAAAAGAUUUGGUGAAUUCAACCACCAUCACCAUCUCUUCACCCCUCCCCCAUUUAUUUAGUUUGGCAAGCGGACAUGUGUCAAGUUAUUUUUGCUGCCCAUUAAAUAAAGCACUCUUUGUUUUAUAUCAAGAGUGUCUCAAAAGCUAACUUUUAUAGGACUUAUUGGCACACUGUUUAACUCCAUCUGAUGUGAAGUAGAACAGCUGGUUAACCAAUAAUGUUCUAGAUGUUUUCUAUAGGCUUUUAUUGAUAUAUAAUUUGUCAUAGCUUAUUGGUGCAAAGAUUGAAGACUAAAGCUAUUCAAACAUAAUUCUUUGCUACACCUCCCCUCCCACACUUCUGUUACCUAAACGAAUGUUUGUUUGAAAUCUACAUUAUUCAAAUUGCUUUAAGCGUGACCCUCCCACCACUUUUAUGCAGCUAAAUGCUACCCAAAAUGCUUUUUGUGUCAUUCCCACCAAUUCUAUUCAGCUAAAUGUUUUGAGGGCAUCUAUGGUCCGUUUAAAGGUGGAUGGAAAAAAAAAAACCUAAUUCAUCCACUGAUGUUGAACUUUUCACGAAAAAUGGUUUGUUCGUUUAAUUUGUGUGUCCUUGGUACGCUUGCCUUAUUAAGUAAAAAUUAUUCUCCCACCUUUUUCCCUCUGUCCUUUGGGCGGGUUUGCUUGUGUACGCUAGAUCUAAAUGGCUUGUUUUGUUCCAUAAGAUUAAUCACACAUAAAGGCUAGACUUUGCCCAGCCACAGUCUAAUCCAUAACAAUAGCUUACCAGCAGCCGACUUUUGUCUAACUCCCUGCUAGUUACGGGUCCUUAGAGUUCAUUAAUUAGAACCAAGUGGGAAAUAUGCUGUGCUGCUGUUGAUCUAAGUACAGCGCGUUGGGUAAACUCGCAUUAACCCCUUCCGCCUGUGUUCUCGCUGAAGCAGUCACGUCAUUAGCCUUUUUCCCCAAAAGGUGUGAUUUAAUGUCCCCAGUUCAAACUACAGUGCAUCAUAAAUUAACAAACGCUUAUAUUAAAAUACUUUAGUAGAAAAUAAAUAUAUUUAAAAAAAAAAAAAAAACUAAGCAAAAUUAUUUCGCCACAAGGGCAUGUUGGGUAUUGUUGUCAGACACAACUUCAGGGCUCGCUCGUGCCCUGUUAGGACAGCUGAUUGUAACUCUCAUAGAGAAGUUUGAAGAAUACAGUGUUUUGGUUGUCCAAGGUUUUUCAUCUCUUCUUCAUAGAACAGUGAUGGCUAACUUUUAGCGCUGCGGAGAGGUUGUGGUCUCUAAUCCCAUGAUGCUUGGCAGCCUAUAGGUUGUAGUCCACAAACAAGAUUAGCCAUCACUGAUACAUUCCACAGCCAGGCCUGGUGAGAAGAUAACACAAAGGCUUGGAGAAUUGAUGAGAUAAUCAGUGUGGAGCACGUGCUGUGGGAGGGGAAGGGGAGGGUGAAGGCUGUCAAAAUGAGUUUGCAACACUAUUUAGGCACUGCAUCAAACACUGCGAAAACUGUUGAUGCUGGUCCUGCGUCAAUUUAUUCGUAUUAUACAAAUAAUCAAUUUCAUUGAAUGACAGCUCACGUGAGUUGAGUAAUUGAGGACUAAAAAGCCGCAUAGUUGUGCACAUGCAAAGUAAUAAUGACUGUACGCAAGCGCCAAAAUGGUCUAGACUAGAGAAUAUUUAAACAUUAAAGUUGUAGCCCUAACUUGCAGCUAGCUAUGUAAUUAUUAAAUAUUAAAUAAGGGAUGGAAACUUUUUUUUUAUUUCAUUUUUUUUAUUUAAAAAAAUAAAUAAUUUUCCCCCCUCUUUCAAGCAGGUAAUUUCCUUUUCGCUAUUGAAUGGCAUAGGGGCUUUACCUUACAAUUUUAUUAGAGUGCAUGGCUGUCAUUACAACUUUCAUGUAGGCUGAGUAUUCUGGGAGUUGUGGUAAGAUAGCCCCCACUUUGUAACUGUGGUGCUUUAUAGUGAAUUCAUCUUAAGGCCACAUUAAGCAAGUUGAAGAAUGUUUCCAACUUGCAGAAUUUGGCUCAAAUACAUUUCUAUCUGUUUAGUGAAUAUGCCCCUUAAUUUAGAUCUUUUUACAGUAUUUGUGUGUUCUUCUGAAGAAUAGAAAAUGGCAGAGUUAAUGUGCUUAAAGAUUUUUAGUGAUAGCCAGUCUCUGGCUUCAUUGUCCUAGCACCUUGGCAAUAAAAUCUUUAACAAUGCACCCUUUAGGUCAAUACAUUCCUUAAAGCAUGUAAUCUGCUGGAACCCACCCUUUUAAACAUAAACAAGCCGCAAGGGGUGCUGGAAGGGGGAUGAAUGGAGCUGUUUCUCCUAGGGUUAAAUAAUCAUUACCAGGACUGACAACCUCUUUCUUCUCUGUUUUCCUGUAAAACCUAACUUCCUCAGCAAAAAGGAUUCUCUGCUUGUGUUCAUUUAAAACUACCUUCUCAGUCCUGGGGGCACAGGCUUUGUUAAACGGAGCACAUCACUAUCACGUUUGCCGCAUCUGCCUAACUUGCCACCAUUUUUAAAAGGAUCCCACCACAUUUGUGGGAAAGAAAGGCAUGAUCUACUUGGAUGCAUUUGCUGUACUUUAACCCUGACGUGAGUGUUGAGAGCAAAUUUAGCUUAUGUUGGUAGAAGCUGUUUUGACGUUAGUCUCGAUAGAGCCUGCACAGUUGGGUAUUAGCCUGCAAUGUGUUUCUGAUCUGCCUGUCGUGCCUUCUGAAUAUUAAGUCUUGAUCUGUAACGGUCGUAUCCACCCCCUACCCCACCACAUAAAGCAGAGCAUGCAUAGUCGCACAUACAGUAUCUGGAACACAUAUAAUUUUUAUUUUUUAUUUUUUUUUGGUGACCGCCCCCUCCGCGUGCUAGUGCUUAAUGGUCAUUGGAUGGUAUGACUGCUCCAUCGAUACAGAUGUUACAAAUUAGAAGAUUCCUAUUUCAUUAAAUGAUAUCCCUUAAGCAAAGAUCUCCCCGUAGCACAUUGUUUGAGCAGUCCUGCGGGGUAUCUUCCUUUUUAUUGCUGCAAUGGCAAUCCAUGAUCACUGCAAAUUGUUUAAAGUCUAUACCCCAUGCUUGAUUUCCUGAAGCAUCAUGGGAUAUGGUUGUGCCACAUUAAAUCACUACAUGAAACCUAUAGUUAUUGGGUCGGAUAUGUUAGACCUUGGCCUAAAAACAAUGUCUUUUUUUUUUUUUUUUUUUUUAUUCCCAACAAAACUGCUUGUUAAUGUCUGGUUAGUACCUAUUUUCUUAUUAACCAUGAACCAACGCGUUCUAAAGCAGAUCUACAAUAAACAAUGUUACAUUACACAGCAACUAAGCUGUUUUAAAUGUAACCGGUAUUUUUUUUUUUUUUUUUUUUUUUUUUUUUUUUUUUUUUUUUUUUUAUGUCCCUUCAAAACUUUUUAAAGGCUCUGGGUCAGACAAAAUCUCUUAGAUCAUUACAUACCUGACACAUCCGUGGGUUUGAAGGAGUUAAUCAUUAUUUCUACGGCAUCCUUGAUUAUCAUCCAGCUAAUUUAAGGAAUUCUAGCUAUGGGUUAUACAGAAUAGACACACAGAAAUUCUCUGUGCUGUGGGGAACAUUUUGCAAUGGAAUUUCCACCCUCCCUGGUUGCAAAGCCGGUGUGAGUGUGUGAGAGAGUACGUGUGGAUGUGAAUUUAGCAUGUGCUUGGGAGACGUGAUUAGAUUAUAAGGCAGACAGAACUAAUGAUUAACUUUUUCAGUCUGCAUACCGUCUCCAGGCUGGCUAGUACUGCUUGGAUGUUGGUUGAGUGCAUUUUUUUUCUCUCCUACAUAUUGUGUCACAGCUUAGUAUUGUACUGCAAAGUAAGACCAAAGAUUCUGCAUUUAAAAGGCUCGCACUGGAAGUCUCACAGGCCAUACAUCAGCUGACUUAGAUUAAUGAAGAUGUAUUUUUUGUGUGUGUGUGUUUGUUACCUUUUUUGAAAGGUGUUGAGGUGGGGGGUAGAAUGUUCAGAGAGUAUAACUUCAUGCUAAAGGAUCCCUUGAUGUAUUUUUUUUCCCUUGUAUAAAAUGAGCUUAAGUUAGUCUACUUUACCCCCCCUCCCAAAUUAUUACCCAUACAUCUUGUCAUUCUUUUUAAAUAGUGUCUGUGGAAAACCAACCGCACGCAUGGUGAUAUGCAUGUACUGUUUAUUUAGAUUUGAGGUAGAAGCGUCAGCACAGGGCUGUCAUCCUUCCAAGGAAAACAUGCAAACCACAGCUCAAACCAUAGAAUGCUAAAUGGAAACCCUCAAAGGGUUAAAUAUUGGCAUCCAAAGUUUAUUUUUUAUUUUAUUUUUCCCCCUUUUCUUUUUUCCUUUUCAAAAAAAAAAACCACAUCUGUCCCAAAUUUUAGAUUUGCUUACUUUUGUUUCCCAUAACAUUGUAUUGAGUGUUCAGAAAAGUUGGGGCGGGGAACUAACAUUUUGCUGAUUCGAGUUAAGCACGACCACAUCCACUGUAAGGAGAACCACAGCACAAACCCACAAAUCAUGGCACUGUCCUGUGUAAUUUAGGUUCAAAAUAAGAUGUCUGUAAGUUUCAUUAUUUAAAGAGGGUAUCCAUGGUUUUUAUUUUCUCCUUAAAUAGAAACUGUGCACGUUUUUUGUUUUCUUUACUUCAAGACACAGAGCAGCCACCUUGGAAUCUUAGAUGACCAAUGAGUACUGCUUGCAGCCAUCUUGGAUUCUUAGAUGGUCAAUUGGUACUGCUGGCAGACAUCUUGGAUUCUUAGAUGACCAAUGAGUACUGCUGGCAGCCAUCUUGGAUUCUUAGAUGGCCAAUGAGUACUGGUUGCAGCCAUCUUGGAUUCUUAGAUGGCCAAUGAGUACUGCUUGCAGCCAUCUUGGAUUCUUAGAUGGUCAAUUGGUACUGCUGGCAGACAUCUUGGAUUCUUAGAUGACCAAUGAGUACUGCUGGCAGCCAUCUUGGUUUCUUAGAUGGCCAAUGAGUACUGGUUGCAGCCAUCUUGGAUUCUUAGAUGGCCAAUGAGUACUGGUUGCAGCCAUCUUGGAUUCUUAGAUGGCCAGUGGGUACUGCUUGCAGCCAUCUUGGAUUCUUAGAUGGCCAGUGGGUACUGCUUGCAGCCAUCUUGGAUUCUUAGAUGGCCAAUGGGUACUGCUUGCAGCCAUCUUGGAUUCUUAAAUAAGCAAUGAUACCUACUGUUGGCUGAACACAGUAUAUCUAAGUUGGAUAUCACAAUAUUUUUGCUGUCUACCAAUAUGUUUUAUUUCUAUAUAAGUUUACUAUAUUGGCCUACUUUUGUAGGAUGUGUUUGCACUGAUUGAGGUUUGCAAAUAGAAAUUUAAAUCUUACAUUAAUAUAUGUAGGUACUGUCUUCACCUCUUAAUUAUCAUUAAUGGCCCUUUUUCGCAUUUAAAUACACGGUGUGUUCUGAUCUUUAUUCCUAGCCCCUCAAGCCCUUUCCUAUAAUCCCUUGUAAUUGUUCGAGAUUGAUAGUGGCCCAGGGUCUAGCUGUCUCUGUGGCAUAGGAGGCACUGCGUCCUAUAUUUUUUGUUCCAUACAUUUUAACUUCGUCUUUUGUCAGCACGUGGCCAUUGUUUUACAAACCGAGCUUGGGUGCCGUUGCCACUAUUCUUUGCAGGUGUGAAUGGGUUAAUUUAAUUGCUUUUAAAUCAUUUGGAUCUCCCAGACUGUCUUGUUAGCUGUAAUUUUGGUUUCAAUGUAGCACAAUACAGCCAGUUCCUGGCAGACAGCUUGCAGCUCUCUUCUGCAAGUUCUUUAUGUGCUUGUUUGUUUUUUCUUGUCGUUCUUAACCCCUUUAAGGUUUUUUUUUUCUGUUUGUUGGCAGAAAUCUUCUUUCUUCUCUCGUAACCCAAUCAGCUCCCCAUCUCUUUCCGCUGUCAGCCUAGAAUUGUACAAGAAAUUUUUCCAAAGCACACUUUGAGAGUAUGAUGGCGGAAUGUUGGCCUCACCUCUGGUGCCUAAUGGGUUAAAAGGCGUAUGGUUAUUAUAUUAAAUUAUAGUUGUAUUUAAUGUGUGUGUGUUCUUGAAUUGUUUUUAUUCCCAAUGGUUAAAAGUCCAUCAUUUAUCAUGUUUUUUUUUGCAUUAUUUUUAUUUUUGUAAAGCCACAGCCCAAGAUGUAUUGUCAUUAUUUCUGCAAAGAACUUUUUGUCUUAACCUUUUGAUUUGCAGAGGGGCGUUUUGGCUGCUGGUCGUUUUGGCAGCAGAGAGUUAAACAAAUUCUGAACAUCACACAUACUGUAAAUAUAUUGUGAAUGGGAUUUGGCUUCCUUCAAGAGCCCACCCUUCCUCUAAGGCAUUUUGCUAUUAAGCAGAGUUUUUACUUCAGCCUACAAAGAGAGCACUAUAAUUUGCAUGGCUGAUGAGACAUUGAAUUCUGGGACAGGAAGUUAAAAUGUUUCUAACCACUGGAGACAGGCAGACAAGUGGUUUGUUUAGUUACAUGCACUUUUUUUCUGUCUCCGACAGUCACAAAAGGACUCCUCUGCACUGUGGUGAAAUGGAUGAGUUUAUUUAUUAGUCAAGUCACCAACUAUCCUCUUUUUAGAGUUACAAUCAAAGGAACAAUUAACCAAGUUUUUUUGUCUUGUCCUUUUAACCCCUUUCUCUAACCUCCAAAAAAAGUCAACAUACAUCUAGGUCUGUGACUCUUCCAGUAGAAUUUAAAGGGACACGAAGCACCAAAACUACUACAUCUUAAUGCAGUGGUUUUGGUGUGUGUAGAUGUUGCCUUUUUCCUGACAAUAUAAAUAUUGCCUUAAAUUUUUUUUUUUUUUAAUUAUAUAUUUUUUAACAUUAGAUUGUUCCUUUAAAGUGUCCUAUCUAAGGGAAAUAACAUUUCAUGUUUAUAUGUAUUUAUAAUAUAUAGUUUGGUAGUUGUCUGGGGGGGAGGAAAAAGUUCCAUGUCAUUGAAACUUUGGUAAAAUUCAUUCAUGAACUGCGUUCAGUCAUCUUAUAAUGAGCUGUUCAUUGCAAGCCAGGUUGGCUUACUUUUCUGUGCUUUACCAAUUAAAUAAGUCUUUGUAAGUGGCCAUGAGCUACUUGUAAUGUGGGAUUCAGUAAUGCAUACACAAACACACAGAGACUAGUCUACCCACUCUCCCCCUUAUUUCCAGGAAGGGUCGCUUUCAUGUUGGGGUGUGGGAAUAGGAAAUGAAAAUAAGCACACACAAAAAUCUUUUUUUUUUCUUUUUUUUUUUUUUUAAGGAAUUUGUGGCGGUUCUUAUGUUCGUAAGAAUUUGAUUUUAGUCUGUUGCUUCGAUCGCUGUAAAGAGCAAUCCCAAAGGAAAGUGGCCUGCAAAUUUAGAUUAGUAUAUGUCUUUCAAUUUUCUUUUUCAUUCUUAUUUUACUGAACAUUUGGAGAGGCUUUUUUAUUUUUCUGUUUAACGCUACAUUUUGUGAUGUUAUAAAAUAAGGCCCUGUUGUAAGGGUUUGAGUUCUCUGUACAUUUUUAGGGGUCCAAUAGAUCAGUGGUUCCCCACCCAGUCCUUAAGUACCCCCUAACAUUAAAGGAUUUAAGGAUUACUUAAUUGUGUCUAAGGUGGAUUUGGGGAAACUAAAAUAAAAAAAACACUUUAGACACCACAGGGAAUCCAUAAAUCCUGGACUGUUAGGGGGUACUUGAGGACUGGGUUGGGAACCCCUGCAAUAGAUCGUGGGUUAGCACUAUCUGAGAGUUUAAACCGUUUAAUGCAUAGAAAGAUGUCUGUAUACAAAAUAACUUGAUUGUUUCUAGAGGAAUACCAAUACCCAUCACGCCUCCAAAGUAAUGAUGGUGCUGCAGUGUUGUACACUUGACAGUAGGAGGCAGUAGAAGGGUCUAAGUUUGGACCACCUGGUUGGUUGGUGAAACCGAACAAGGGCAAGUUAUGCACUGUAGGUACCCUCUAGGAUUGACUGGGGAAUACUACACCAGCUAAUGCCAUGUAGAUAUGAGUGUGCGCACAUAAAAUAAACCACCCUCCAAAAACCACAUUUAAUACUAUAAAGUCAGCAUAUGGAUUCCCUGUGGCCCUAGCUGGAAUGCCUUUUGUCUGCAGCUCUGGGCAGUAAAGAGUUACAGCGUAAGCGUACACACAGCCUGCAAUUUAUCUGGGCUAGGCUGCAACCGUAAUCUAAAAACUUCUUUUACUGACGUCUGUCUGAAAAUUGCUGGGUGUACUGGCGAGGGCUUGAAAUGAAAGAGAAAAAUGCAGUCAUAAGGAUUUUCUUUCACGCAACUGGGUGGCUUUAAAAAAAAACCUUCCAUUUUCCCAACUUUUAUUUCGUCUGUUUGUUUGGUUUUUUUUUUUGUUUUGUUUUUUUCCUCCAGUGUAUAAAUACAUAUAUAAUUUUUUUAAAAGUCUGCCUUUUAUUUAUUUUUAUUUGUGUUAAGUGCUUUUUUUUCUGUAAGUGUGUGUGUCUGUAAUGUGUAUAUGUCUCAGUGUUGUAGACUUUUUUCUCCCCCCCAGGCCGUGAAACACGUAAAUUCUCUAUAAAAGCAUUGUCUGUUUUCCAGGGAUGUUGCCAUUUAAAAAAAAGGAUAAAAACAUUUUGUAUCAUUUUUCUGUUCAUACCUCUGGCCCUAGUCAUAAAGUAUUCGAGCACAACCUUGCCUGCUAAUAGUGCUGUUUACUAUAGACUUUUACCAAUUUUUUUUUUUUCUUUUUCUUUAAUAAAUUCUUCUCCCAGUGACUAUAAGUGUACUUUCAAAGGGUUAGGUUAAAGGUAACUUGAUCCUAUAGCGAGUUUCUCUCCACCAAUAAUUCCACCCUCCCACUACCUCCCUCUCCCUCCACCCCUUCCCUCACUUUAUACUUUUUUUUUUUUUUCUUGCUUGCUUUUUUUGGUGCCAGGUUUCACUGGGAUACAGAUAUUUGAAACAAAGUAUUGUGAGGCACCAAAAAGGGGGGAUGUUAGAAGCGAUCCAGGCACACCUAAGCAUGUCUGAAUUCCUCCAGUUUACUUGAUAUGGAAUUUCUCCCCUGCCCUCCCUCCCUUACUGAACAUCAUGAGUGCAUUGUCCUGAUGUUUGAAAAAAGAAUUAUCUAACAGAUUACCUUACAAGUUGAUGAUUCUCAUUCAUUCUCUCUCUCUCUCUCUCUCUCUCUCUCUCUCUCUCUCUCUCUCUCUCUCUCUCUCUCUCUCUCCUUUGUGUUUUUUUUUUUUUAUGCAAAAUUGAAUAGGUAUAAUAAAUUUUUUAUUUAUUAGAAAGUGACGCUUUUGUGGUGGCUUUCUGUUGUCCCUCUCAUUGCAUCCCCCGCCACCUCCAGCUUUUUUUAUUUUAUUAUUGUUCUAGUGCUUCUAAUGGAUAAAUGGCGCCAGGAAAAAAUAAAUAAAUCCAAAUUCAUAGUUGUCUUUGCAAUUGAGCAGAGAGCAAGUCUGCAGUGGAACAAUAAAUGUAUUUCUGCAUGCAAAUACAAAGACUUCCGGUCUCCUCCUUGCUACCACAAACCACAGACUAAUAGGCUUGGUGAAACGUAUAACUCAUCUCAUCUCAGGAGUCAUACCUCUUUAUUACUAAGGCUCCGGCUCAACAUGUUAGAAGCUGUGUGUAAUUCUUUAUGAUAGGUCCUGUUUGGUCUGUCAUUGAAACUGAAAGUUUGCCCUGCAUUCUGUUUUAAUAUGUAUAUUAACAUGAAUGAUGGUUUAGAUAUGUGGACAGUCAUUUUGAGUUGAUAUUAACAUAACAAACAGGGACAUUGAGGAAAUUGUCAUGGUCAAUAUUGUCAAGCUAUGAGAGCUACACAUUUCUGUUGAAACAAAUAAAAUUAAUUGUUGUUUUUCUUUGUGUUUCAACAGAUUCACAACUUCUUCAGGAGUCUGGAGACCCAUCACACUGGUGCGUGGUGGCAUAUUGGGAAGAAAAAACAAGGGUGGGUCGAUUAUACUCUGUCCAAGAGCCCUCCCUGGACAUCUUCUAUGAUCUACCUCAGGGGAAUGGCUUCUGCCUUGGACAACUAAAUUCGGACAAUAAAAGUCAGCUGGUGCAGAAGGUCCGCAGUAAAAUUGGAUAUGGGAUCCAGCUGACCAAGGAAGUGGAUGGUGUCUGGAUUUAUAAUCGCAGCAGUUAUCCAAUCUUCAUCAAGUCGGCCACACUGGACAACCCAGACUCUAGGACGUUAUUGGUCCAUAAAGUGUUUCCAGGAUUCUCCAUUAAAGCAUUUGACUAUGAGAAAGCUUACAGCUUGCAGAGGCCUAAUGACCAUGAGUUCAUGCAACAGCCAUGGACUGGGUUUACUGUACAGAUAAGCUUUGUGAAAGGCUGGGGUCAGUGCUAUACAAGACAAUUUAUCAGCAGCUGCCCAUGCUGGUUGGAAGUGAUAUUUAAUAACCGAUGACUCGGAGACGAGUGGACUUCUGGACGUUUGACUACUUUGCUGCUAAUAUUUCCUUCUGAGUGCUUGCUUCUUCAUGCAAACUUUUUUUGUUUUUACAUUUUAUUUGUUUGUUUUGAGAAAUAGCUUAUGUCAAGAAUUACCUUUUUUGGGGGGCAAGGGAGGGGUUUUAAAAAUUUUAUUUUAAUUGCUCUUCUUAAAGGUAUGAAUGACCUCUCUGAGACCAAGCUGGUGGGAGAAGCAGAACCUCGGAAAUUGAAGACAUUGUUGGCUGUUGUGAUAGACCUUACAUUUUGUAUUGAGUGAUGUCUUUCCAGCGUACUGAAGUGACUGUUUGGGGGGAGGUUUGAAGGAGAAGAAAAGGGGAUAGAAAACACAGAGCAAUAUCAAAAUUUUAGAUUUAUCUAAGAGUGACCACUGUUCUCACCGGUUUCCUUAUAUUUUGGACACAAAUUUUAAGCCACGUUAACGUUUUCCUACAUCCAUUUGUUGGUUACAGAUUACAGAGGCCAUGAUGGCUUUUGCUGUGGCGAAGUUUAAAAUGUGGUUAGAUUUUGGUCCAAUAGACAAAGCUGUAUUGCAGAACGUACCAUAUCAUCCUGAUUUUAGUUCUUGACGUUAGCCACUAGGUCAGCAGUGGUCAAUGAAAAGCUCAUCAGAUUUUGUUGAAAAAUAACUCUCGUUAUCUCUGUAGAAAAACUGUGGACUUUGCAAUUCCUACGUCAGUCCUUAUUUUAUCGCUGUUCUACUUUAGGGUGGCAGAGUGCGAUGAGGGUUCUAUUUCAGCAGCUGUAAAGCAUUUGAUUGACUACUUCUGGCCUGGCUAAUAUGCUCACGCAUGACUGGUAACUUUGCAUUACAAGUUGCUUUCUUUUGAUGUACAGGCACAAACCCCACAUCUGGUAGAGAGUGUCAUGUUUGAGGUGUAGGACAAAAUAUGUGUAUAUAUAUAUAUUUGGAGUCUUGGUUUGCAGUGAUCUGUCCUUUUUAUCGUUAUAAAGACCAAACUUAAAAGCUGCCAACUUCUUCUGCAAGACACUGCCCUCCAGUCCACGUCCCCUAACACGCAGAGUGUCACAAACCAUGCAGACAUUUUAAUUUUUUUUUGGUGGCAGUUCUUCUGGUUUGUUGUUUUAAAUAAAUCAAUGCAGAACGCUGCCUGAUAACAUAUAUUUGCAGGUUGAAAAAUAUAUAUAUUUUUAUUUCCUCUCAAUUUAUGAGACCUUUGGGGCCUUGAUGUACAACGAAAGGGUUGGUGGGAAAAUGAUCAGUGGUGUAAUUUGUGUAGGUUGCCAUUUGUGUGUAUGCUGUGCAGGAUUCUAAUUUAACUAAGAUCUACUUCUCAUCUUCACAUAUGCCAGUACAUUGGAAAAAAUUAAGAAUGCUGUUAAAUUGAGAAGAAUAUGUCAGCAGGACCAUCUUGUAAACAGAUGAGGAAUUACAACUGACAUGUAGAAAUGCUCUGAAAACCCAAGAUUAGUAGUACUUUUUAUUGCACGGCAUACAAACACAUGGCAAUUUACUAAAUUGUGAAAAGAUGGAGAGAUUAAUCUCAAGUGGAAAUUUUCAAAUCAUUCUUUUGAGUGUUAAUACCAUAUCUUAGCAAUUGAGGUUCUGAAGUAGAAGUGUUUAAAUGCAGUGAAAUCUUCCCCACCUUUCCACUUUUUGGUAUGCAUUCUCCCACCCCCAGUGUUGACACAUUACCUUUUUAAUUUGGGAUCUUUAUUUAUUAUUAUUUUUUUAUUUAAAAAAAAAAGCAUUUCCAAUUAUUGUAUAUAGUAAAAUGUAGCCUGGAUAUAGCAAUCUUCAGAUCCUAAAUACAGUUUUUGGAAAUGCAUCUUAUACGGGCCCAGUUUAAAUAACAACAAUGGUCAUGUGAUCUCCUAAUUCAUUCAUAUGUCUGGGAAGAGAAACACAAUGAAACAUACAGUAUUUGCUCAACAGUUUCCUACUUAAAGGUACACAUUAUGCACAGGGAAGGGAUAUUUUUUUUUCUUGAUAUCAUACUUUAAGUAUGAUACUUUUUACAUUGUUCCUAGCUCAAUGAGCAUGUUCAACAUAAGCUAUUUUUCUAAAUAUCGAAGUUUAAACGAACAAGAUGGGGCACUCUUUGGAACUUAAGCAUUGUAGUGCUUUGGAAAAAAAAUGGACUCCUAAAAACUGAGAUUUAUUAAAGAAAUGUAUUUUAUGUUAUAUAUAAAUAUAUUAUUACUUGUAAAUAUCAAAGACGUUUUUAUAAGCAUCAUUAUUUAUGUAUUGUGCAAUGUGUAUAAACGAGAAAAAUAAAAAAGAUGCACUUUGCUUAAUAUAAAUGCAAAUAACAAAUGCCAAAUUAAAAAAAACAAAAAACUUAAUACAUGUCUAGCGUUUUGUUUACU